CCGAAAUAAUGUAAUUAAUAAAGACAUGUUUACUAAUAUAACAAUCAGAACCAUUGAAGAAAAAAGAGUAAAAAGAAAUAUAGAAAAAACACCUCAUGUCAAGGAGCAAAUAGAUGAAUCUCAAAGCCGUCAAUUUAAGAAACAACCGGUGUGUGGACCUCAACAUAUUUGUUGCCAUCGUAGCCAAUUAUACAAUGGAACGAAUAACCAUGGGCAGUGUGGUGUGAGAUAUAGUCACGGUAUUGCUGGACGUAUUAAGACACCAACUUAUAUCAACGGGGAUUCGGAAUUCGGAGAGUAUCCUUGGCAAGUCGCCAUUCUAAAAAAAGAGCCAGGAGAAAGAGAAAGUAUAUAUGUGUGUGGAGGAUCUUUAAUUUCUUCACGCCAUAUAAUCACUGCUGCUCACUGCAUCAAAAUGCACUCAGGGCAUGAUCUACGCGCUCGCUUAGGCGAGUGGGAUGUUAACCAUGAUGUUGAAUUUUUUCCUUAUAUAGAACGAGACGUUGUUAGUGUCAUCGUUCAUCCUGAAUUUUAUGCUGGCACACUUUAUAAUGAUAUAGCUAUUCUGAAGCUUGAGUUCGAUGUCGAUUUUGAAAAAAAUCCUCAUAUUAAUCCAGCUUGCCUUCCGGAUAUAUUUGAGAAUUUCGUUAAUACAAGGUGUUGGACAACAGGAUGGGGGAAAGACGCCUUCGGUGAUUUUGGCAAAUACCAAAAUAUCUUGAAAGAAGUUGAUGUUUCAGUCAUUAGUAAUAAUAUAUGUGAAUAUCAACUAAAAAAAACUAGAUUAGGACUAAACUUUAAGCUUCAUCCAGGAUUUAUCUGUGCUGGUGGUGAAGAAGGCAAAGAUGCCUGCAAAGGUGAUGGAGGCGGCCCAAUGGUCUGUGAACGUGAUGGUAAAUGGAAACUUGCUGGUAUUAUUUCCUGGGGAAUCGGUUGUGGUCAAGCCGGAGUUCCUGGAGUGUACACUCGAGUUUCUUAUUAUCUUAAUUGGAUACAUCGAACUAUUGAAAAUUAAUUACUCAUUUUGCAUUAUUCUAUUUAAAAGCAAUUUCAAAAUAGAAAUAUUUUUAAUUAUAUUAUUACAUUCUGUAACGUAAUCAUUUUUCAAUUUUGUUAAUGAGUUCAUGAUUUUGUAUUGAAUCGAAUGCAGUGAAAAAUUAGUAUGCUUGAUCACAUCUUGAUUUUUUGGCAGUUGAUUUGC